CAGCCACCUGAGCAUCGUCGAAACAGCUCUGAGCAGGCUCGACAACUCGACCAUCGACAGCAACGCGCAAAGUUUUGAGCGGCACGAGUUAGAAGCGAUACGCUUUACGGUAAAGAUGUCGUCUUCAGCAGCAAAGGACAAUAAGGCCACGUCGAAUGAAACGCCAGCACCGGAACAGAAGAAGCCCACCGCCGCAUUAGAAGAGGACGAUGAGUUUGAGGACUUUCCGGCAGAAGACUGGGCGGAAGAAGACACGGAGUUACCAAGCGGCAACUUACACCUGUGGGAAGAGAGCUGGGACGACGACGAGCAGAAUGACGAUUUCUCAAAGCAGCUGAAAGAGGAGUUGAAGAAGGUCGGUUCCGGAAAAUGAAUAUAGACCAUAAAAAGCGUGAGACAAUGAAUGCAUCAACAAACACCAUGACUGCAACAUCCUGCCUCGAAGUCGGAGACGAGGAAAUCAGGUCCAACAGAAGACAUACUGGCAGACAGACACGGCAAUCGUGAGGUGAAAAAAAGGAUGGUAUUCCUACCAAUCUAAAGACGAUAGCGUUAUAUAUGUAUAUAUAUAUAUGUGUAUGUCCUGUCACGCGAAGAGUACAUCGGCCUGCAAAGUUUGUAUCUAUUUCAUUUCUGUCCUAGUUCUCGCAUUCACGACUUAUUGGACA